AACAUGGCGACCGAUGCGACGGGACGUGUGUGAUUGUUGUCAUGUUUCUAGACACGGCCACCGGAGAGGCUGGGUCAAAUUAUGCUUUGAGAAACACCACAGUCUGAAGGAACUUUGUCCACGUUACCAUGGGGAAGAAUUCCAGUAAGCUCAGCCCCACCGAAAUCAAGGAUUUGCAGGACUGUACUUAUUUUGACAAAAAGGAACUACAACAGUGGCAUCGAGACUUCAUGAAAGACUGCCCGAGUGGCGCCUUGAGAAAAGAGGAGUUCCAGACAAUAUAUCAACAGUUCUUUCCCAAUGGGGACCCUUCCAAGUUUGCCAGUUUUGUCUUCAAUGUCUUUGACGCAGACAAGGAUGGCUAUAUCUCUUUCAAGGAGUUCAUUCGUGCCUUAUCGGUGACGUCAAGAGGUACUCUGGAUGAAAAAUUAGACUGGGCAUUCAACUUGUACGAUUUGGAUCAAGACGGCUUCAUCACAAAACAGGAGAUGCUGGACAUUGUCGAUGCAAUUUACAAAAUGGUGGGCAAUAUGCUGGAUCUACCACAAGACGAGGACACACCGGAGAAGAGAGUAAACAAGAUAUUCGGCCAGAUGGAUGCGAAUAGAGAUGGAAAGCUGACCAAAGAAGAAUUUCGAGAGGGUUCCAAGUGCGACCCCUGGAUAGUUCAAGCCCUCUCGUUAGAGAUCCCCCAGUGACGCAGGCCAGAGGUCAAAGAGAGGUCAUUUGGAGGUGUGUGAACUUAUUCCAGAACGUUCUUCCACGAUGCGAGCGGUCUGGUUUCUGCACUUAUUUAUUGGUAGUUGUAUGUCACAUGCGUUUGGAGUCACUGUUGAGACUGGACUUCUCAAGAGGAUUGAGACUUUGGAGAUCGUAAGGUAGUUUUUGACAAUUACUGACGUGGGAUUGCUCCAACUUGGAAGACUCAUCGGUCCCUCACAAGGAAGUUUCGGCUGCCAAAGAUUAAAUGUAGGUUGGUACAUUCCGAGGUUAGACAGGGUAUGAAAGGCUACAAACCAGAUUGUAAUCCAGAUAAAGAUAAUCAAAAAAAGGAUUUGGUAUGGAGGAUUCAUUUCUAUGUGAAGUUUUACUCAACAUGUGCCCAGGGGUGAGGCUGAACAAGAACUUUGGGAAAAUACACCCCCUCAUGAGGCAGAGUUUGAUAAGUGCACAGAAUGUGAUCUGCUGUCAUGCGGGGAAACUUGAAGUCCCCUGUCACUGGGAGAUUCUGUGUGAAAAUAGUGUUUGUAUUGUGAAAAAAGGGUGUCUGAAAUUAAUUCAGUUUGGGAUUGUAUCCUUUGCAACGACAGUCGUGGCUUUUUUUGUUGGUUUACCGUAGUUUCGCGAAAAGUUGCUUGAUCUGUUCGUGGGGCAUAAACAUUCUUAAAUUUGUUCAAUUUGAAAGAUGGUAAAGGUUCCAAUCGUAUGAUGUGGACACUCAAAUGGCGCUUUGCAAGGGAGAAUUCAGAGAAACGGGGUUAGGAUACUGGGGCCACUUGUCAAGCGUUGGCUCUUUCUCUCGGCAUCAGGCUUCUGCUGGACUUCAAACUGUAGACCUCCUAGAUGGUCCGACCCAGGCAAAAGCCCUGCUGUAUAUUUCCUGUGCACCUGAAUGAGAGAGGGCGCUCUGGCAAUGGCAUCCGGUGGGGUCAGCACAGUGCCUGCUUACACCUGUUGGCAUGAGAAUGGUGCAGCGUAGGCCAAGUCCCCGUGAGUCCAUUCACAAGACAUCCAGCCUGAAGCCAAGUCGCAAGCCAUUCAAAUGAACCGUGACAAGAACAUCCUUUUGUCAUUGAUUGUUCACUUGUGACUUCAUUGUGGACUUGUGACUUGACUUGCAAAGGAACUUGUGAUGGACGCAACUACAACACUGAUAAGUGACCAGUGAGGUGGUACUUGUUCGCAGUGCCCCAAGGAAUGCAAAGCCGAAGUCUGAAGUCCUCUCAUCAGUUUCGUUGAAAUAGUCAAAGGGAUAAUAUCGGAGAUGGAAAUUCAGUUAGGGUUGAAGAAAUGGCUUUAACCGCUUCCUGCCGGGCAGCCUGGUUUCGGGCACAUAGGCUUUAUACACGAAGCCUGGGAGCCCGAAACCAGACAAAAGAGCUGGGCCUUACAACAA